CUUGGAGAGUAAUUAGACAGCCGUUGCCUUCCUCGGCCCUAAGCUGAUUUGGGGUAUGUGUUCCCAGCAAGGAGGAACAGCGUCUGUUGGCAUAUAGAUCCCGAUUUUCCGGAAUUCUGCUAGCAACCGGGUGGGCAGUCUUAGAAUCGGGUGGGCAGCCGCUCUAUCAAAAACUUAAAAGUCCAAACGCGAGGCAAGAUGACACGAGGCCUCCCCUACGUCUCCCCUUGUAUCAGACUCAUGCGCUAGUUAUGACCUUUACGAUUGCACGAUUUGUCUCUCUGGGUCUCUCUGCUGGAGCGAGCAAGGCUUCCUCGCGGUUCUUCACCCCCGCAAGCCCAAGAUGUAUCAAUAGUAUUCAUUCUCUGUUGCGACCAAUCAGGACCUCUCCCCGUCGAUCAUACACUACUACCGUUACGGCCAAGUCCUUUGGAUCUGCAUUUGCAUUUGCUGUAGUCACCGGUGGAGCUUCACUUGUCUUCGGUGCCCUGGCACUUUCUCGAGAUACUGCCUCUCCGAUCCCGACAGCGGAAGCUAUCAUCGACGUUGUUCCCAUUACUCAGACUGGUUCUGAGCCGACAUGCAAUCUGGUCAAGGCCCUCGAAGACUUGCAAACAGAAUUUUCGGAUUCCUCAGUUGUUUCUACCGAUCCCAAUGAACUGUAUGCUUACGCACAGUCCUCGUACUCCCAAUUUGUUGGAACACCACAUACCAUUGUUGUACACGUCCGAAGCACAGAAGAUGUUGUAAAGGUAGUAAAAAUAUCCAAAAGGCAUCUAGUUCCAAUUGUACCAUACUCGGGAGGGACUAGUUUGGAAGGGAACUUGUCUGCUCCGCCAUCUGGAUCCAUAUGCGUAGAUCUCUCUGGUCUUGACAAGAUCCUGAAAAUCAAUGAGUCGGAUGCAGAUGUUGUUUGCCAAGCUGGAGUCACCUGGAAUCAUUUGAAUGAAACGCUGAAGGAAAAGGGAAUUCCAUUGUUUUUUCCGCUUGAUCCCGGCCGCGAUGCCACAAUAGGUGGCAUGAUCUCAACUGGGUGCUCUGGAACCAAUGCGGUUAAGUAUGGAACAGCAAGAGGCGAAUGGAUUCUUAACGCCACGGUGGUGCUUCCGUCGGGCGAAGUGAUCAAGACUCGACAGCGCGCUCGCAAGUCAUCGGCGGGGUUUGAUGUCACUAAACUGUUCAUAGGUGCAGAAGGCACUCUCGGAAUUGUCACGGAAGCUACACUGCGUCUAGCGCCACUUUUACCGACAAGUGUUGCCGUCGCACAAUUCCCUGAUAUUCGGCACGCAACCAAUGCAGUGUGCGACAUCCUGAAUCAUGGUGCAGCGCUGCAAUGUGUCGAGAUCGUCGAUGAACUUACGAUCAAGGUACUAAACCAGUUUGGGACGUCUGCUAGAAAUUGGCCAGAGAAAGCUACUCUCUUCUUCAAGUUCCAAGGCUCGGACGAUUCGAUUCAGGAAACGUCACGCUAUGUGGAGAGUGCAAUUGCGAAGCAUGGUGCAACCGACUACCGACUUGCUUCAAACGAGCAAGAAAGCGAGGAUAUCUGGCAGGACCGGAGAAAUGCGCUCUUCGCGUGCCUCGCAUAUCGUCCGGGGUGUAAAGGAUGGAUUACUGACGUGUGUGUUCCAGUGUCACGCCUACCCGAUCUUAUCGCUGCCGCGAAGCAAGACUUUGAGGAGCUCGGUCUAGUUGCGCCGAUCGCUGGUCAUGUUGGCGAUGGUAACUUCCAUGCCCUCGUUCUCUAUGCGGAUGAUGCAGAGCUUGCCCUUGUGCAGGAAGCAGUUAGCAGAAUUAACCGCAAAGCCAUCGAACUUGAAGGGACAUGUACUGGGGAACAUGGCGUUGGUACGGGUAAACGCGAUUACCUCUUGACUGAACUUGGGGAAGGCACAGUGGCGCUCAUGAGAACGAUCAAACAGACGCUAGAUCCACACAACUUGUUUAAUCCAGGCAAGCUGUAUCCUGAUGUUUUGCCGCCGUCCGACACCGAUGCGUUGACAGAAGGUCACGCUAUCUCGGACUCGACGCCGACCAACGAAUCUUAACUCUCAGAGCCAGGUGCUUGAGUUUUUUUUCACCUUUAAAAGGUUGUACAGUCCGACGUAUCCCUUGAUGACAUCAUGUUCCUUAUGAGAAGAACAACUGAGUGUUGUCCAAUCAAUAAUUUUAUCAUUCAAAGGCCCCGUUUCAGAUUUGCGCACAUGUAGCCGCAUUAUACCGUGGCCUGUGGACCUCUCAGGUGAUUUCAGACUCGCGUAAUUGCCUGAGCAGAGCAG